CUGGCAUGUUAGAAACAACAAGCUUUCAGAUCAAACAUGAUUAGUGUGGGCUGCUAGCAUCGCAUGAGAUCAUUUCUGCGUGUUUUGUGUGUGUGUGAGUGAGCGUGUGUGGGAGGGGCCGCUCACUUAGUGGCACCUGAUGCUCGACGCACAUCAGGCCCCCUUCAGUCCCGGCAAUCAGCACAGCGAGUGAACGCGUUCAGCUGGACUAUCACAAAACAAGCUAUUUACAUGAAUUUGCUCUGCACGCGUUCAGCUGCAGCUGCAGCUGCAGAGGAGCGCCUUCAGUGCGCGCGCUCACUCUUGAGUCGCACCGUGCGUCCCGCGCGCUUCACUCGCUCUGCAUUCACCGGGAAGGGGGAACAAACGGGGGGGUUUUAUGUGCACUUUUUUUUUUUUUUUUUAAGAAUCCAUGAGACCGCAUAACCCCCGCGGGGUCAGUUCACGUUGCCCGGGUUUUGUGGUUGCGUGGAAACAUAAACUACAACGACAACAAAAGAGGAGAAGGUUUUCGGUCAGCGGAGAGGAGCCGCGGAGCGCAGGAGCCAUUUCCAGAGACGCGUCCGCGGGUUUCCCGCAGCGGAUCGGGUGCAGAGGUUGAGCGGAGCCGCCUGGUUGGCGCGGACCGAUCCGCGGCGCUGACCAGCGGGGGAGCCGCUCCAUCCACCCAGAGACGCGCCAUGGAGAGGAGAGCAGAAACUGGAGCAGCGACGUUCGUCAGCACCAGGGGAGGUUGAUGUGGACUUCCACCCUGAACUCCUGCGGUCUUCCCUGGAGCAUGCCCGUUGCCCACCAUGCACCUGGCUGCAGUCUGGCUGCUGCGUUACUCGGUGGUCAUGUGUUUGCUGUUGCACAGCUUGGUCUUGAUGGCCUUCUGCUUCCAUCAUGCUGCCACCACUUGCUCCAAGAGGUGCUACUGCUCUGAGACGGAGAGUGGAGGCAAGACGAUGCGUUGCAGCAAUCUGCAGCUCACGGAGAUCCCAGAGGACAUCCCCAACGACACGCAACGUGUCUACCUUGACUUCAAUCUUCUAUCCGCAGUUCCAACGAAUGCGUUUGCUGGUUUGACCCACUUAGUAGAACUGGACCUGUCGCACAACGAGAUAAGCCAGCUGGAGCCUGGAGCAUUCAGAGGACUCGGCUCCUCCCUGCAGUUCCUGGAUCUGUCUUCAAACAAGUUGGUGAACUUUAACCCUGACGCCUUUGAGGGCCUUCGAGCUCGCGCCAACCUGACGAACAACCCGUGGCUUUGCGACUGCAAUUUGCAGAUGGCAUUGCCCCGUGUGGACCUGGAGCCAGCCUCGCUGACGGGUAUAGUGUGCCAGACGUCUGAUCCAGAGGAAAUAGGAGUUCAAGGACUUGCGUUCCUGUUGGAACCGGAUAUAGACCUGUGUGUGGUGAUGAAGAGGACUACAGAUGUAGCUAUGCUGGUUGUUAUGUUUGGCUGGUUCACCAUGGUCAUUUCCUACCUGGUCUACUAUGUCCGUGCAAAUCAGGAGGAUGCCCGCAGACACUUGGAGUAUCUCAAAUCGUUGCCCAGCAGGCAGGGCAAGUCAGAGGAGUCCUCCACCAUCAGCACUGUGGUGUAGUCACAAACAGAACCUAAAAUCCUAAAUCACCACAAGCAGGUGUGGCAUGUAUCUAGACAAUAAUAGGGAAUCUCAAGGAUUUCCUUGCUGUUGAAGAGAGGAAAUAAAACAUUUUCGUACACAGACAGACUGAGGUGGAUGUAAUGUAGUCCGGAUAAAUAAUUAAUCUUUCUGGAGGCCAUUAGAACUUUUUGUUGGCUGAGUUGAUGGCCUUGUCUGUACACUAAGCAAGUAAAAGCAGUGAACUCCAGAAAUGGGAUACAAAUGGGUUUUAUCCAGUGGUGCAUGUAUCUCAAUGCUCCUCUACAGUGGUCAAGACACAGUUAGCAAUAUCAAUGGUCUGACAGUGCUAUUAUCAUGCUCUGCGUAAUAUGUUUCUCAGCAGAGUCCUAAUAUUAUAGACCCAUCUAAUACAAGUAAAAACGGCAUUUUCAAGUUAAUAUGAUGUUCUGUGAGUUUGUCUUAUUGAAAACAAUAAAGACACACUGCUUCAGAGCAGUUAAUCAAACGUUUGGAACUUUAACACAUUUUGUUACAACUGCAAACGUUGGUGUAUGUUCCUAGCUCAACACAAGAUAAAGCAUAACUGUGAAAUGAACAUGAAAUAUGUGUUUUGUGUGGUGCACAUUAACCACAAUGACAACUGCCUUCCUAUGCAAUUCCACUUGAUUCUCAUCUCACUUCACUGCAUCAUCUGGAAUUUCUCUGAGUUCAUUUCUCUAGUUGAUUUUCAACUGGGCCAAUCAGCGAAAAGGAAGAGUUGUGAACAAUGGCGUUGAGUUUCUGUGCUGUUUUAGAAUUGCAGUCUGCCUAAAUAGGAUUGUAGUUUGGCAAUGACGGAGGAUGUGAACAAAGACAUUCAGUCCGCAUUGGCCAUGCUUCCAAAUAUUGAGAAAUUAAAAUUGGAGCAAGAGGAAUGUUUGAGACAUUUUAUUGCUGGCAAAUAUGUUGUUCAGCUCGGCACUUCUCCCUUGGAAUCCUUGGGGGACGGUAGUUUACAACGAAAAUAAUUUCCAGUAACUUUCAAAGCUUACUGGAAAUGUAUCAUGUCCAAACGUUAGUCUUUGGAUAAAAUCAGGUCAAACUUAAAAGAGAGUCCACCCCUCUAGGAAGCAGUCAUUUCACAAUAGCUGUAGGUCCAGACCCUUUGGACGAAGCAAGGAGUAGAACAAGGGGGUGGAUUGUACCAGGGUAGGUGUACAUAUGUGUUCAACUAAUUUUUCUGCAGUAAAUCUAAGUUCUAAAAUGAUAUCCCAAGCUUUGUACAUUUUUAAUCCAUUAUCUGAAAUGGACUGUGAUGGACUGACGACCUGCCUGGGGUGAACCCCGCCUCUCGCCCAUUGACCGCUGGAGAUGGGCACCAGUACCCCUCCUGACCCUACUAGGGAUGAGUAUGUAAGAUGAUGGACGGACAGACGGACAGAUGGAAUGACACAACUGCUAAUUGAACAAGACAUAGCCAACUACAUAAAUUGACAAGAAGUAGCUAACAGCCCAACUGUAACUCUAGAAGCCGCAGACAUUCACAGCUCAAGAAGAAUAAUCCGUUUAAUGGGACAAGAAGUUUUCAGUUUUACAUAUCUGGCCUUUGUAGAAGAGUAGCAUUAAGAAAACCAUUGCUAAAAGGUUUCAUUUCCAGCUUGCCACCAUGGAUGGGUGUCUGGAGGGCUGUGGGCAAAUGUGGAAGAAGGUCUCGUUGGAUGUGACCAACACUUAACUACAUCCAAAACUCUGUGUGUGUGUGUGUGUGUGUGUGUGUGUGGGUGUGUGUGUAGGGGGGAGAGGUCAGCAGGGAAUGGGGGGGAGAAGUGGAGGAGUGUGAAUACACCAUCCCCAUUGUCAGACAUAAUGGUGGCAGCAUCAUGUGGCAAUUAUUUUCAGACAUGCCACAUGAUGCGUAGACCCCUUCAUUACUGAAGGAGGCUACAAGGGAAGAUGGCUGCAGUUAAAUACAGGACAAUCCAGGAGGAAAGAUUUUGAGGCAGCAAAAGACUUGAGACUGGAGCGAAAGUUCACCUUCCAACAGGGAAACAACGCUAAACAUUCAGUCACAAUGGAAUAGUUUAGAUCCAAGUGUAUUCAUCUGUUAGAAUGGCUCUAUCAAAGCAUAGAUGUAAAUCCAACUAAGAAUCUAUGGGAAGGAUAGUCAGAUCAGAUAAUCUACCCAACCUGGCUGAGCUUUAGCUAUUUUGCAAAAGAAAAAAAAAUCAGUUUCUAGAUGAGUUUAGAGAGAUAAACCCCAAAUGACUAGCAGGUAUAAAAAAUGGCUCUAAUUGACUCAGUGAGGCUAAUUACAAAUGCAAACCACACUUUUCUGAUUUUUAUGUAUGAAAACAUGUUAAAACUGUCCUUCUCCUUUACAGUCAUGCAGUACUUUGUGUUGGUCAAUCAGUUUUAAAUUCCUAUGCAAGUGUGGAAGUUUGUGACUGCAAUGUGGAGAAGAAGCGCGAAAAGGUUUAGGGCUAAAAAUACUUUUUCCAAGGCAGUCAAUCUUACUUAUAUAAAAAUUUACUUCUGUGAUUUAUAUUUAAUUUUUCAUUUAAACCAGAUGGAUGGCAUAGAAAAUGCUUCAGACAUCCCACUUAAUUAUCAAGAUGUCAAAUUACAUUGGGCUGACAAGUAAAUAUUCAAAUGGUGCAAGAAAUGUGAGAACAGAAAUCUAAACAAGGACAGUUUUUAUAUUGAGAUUAGAAAAUGGCUGUCACUCGAAGUAAUUACAGGAACAUGAAGGACUCACUAAUGACCAUCUUAUUUGGAUCUGUGAUUACAAUUUGGGGGGCUCAGACCUCACUAUGUCAGACAGUGGAGGCUGAAAUAAAAAUUCUAAAUGAU